AUGAACAAGUUAAUAUCUUAUACGAUCUUCCUUUUAAUUAUCUUCACCAAUUUUAACUCUGCCAAUUCCCUUCCUAAUCACCUAGUUUUCCAGGACGAACCCAUCGUUACGGUUUCUUCUCCUGAUUCCUCUCCCUUGCAAACUACUACGUGUACUUAUCCCUAUCCUACACAUACCUUUUAUCCCACUGAUUCUCAAAUAAGAGCAUUAGCAUAUUUUAAUCCACCGGACACGGCCACCGGAUUGAUUUUAUUCUGGGAAACCAGUAGCGGAAUAACCAUCAUCCACGGUCAAUUUAGUAGAGGGUUUAAGAAGGACAGCGAAGAAGAUAUCAGUAUUAAAAUUUACCGUAACAAUGAAGUGAUAUUCGAUCUUAAGCCUCAAGGUGAAAGCUUAGCUAAUCUUUUUAAGAUUCGACCAAAUGGAUCGACGGAUUCUUUCGUAUUGGUUGUCCCAAAAAGAUUGAUUAGAGAAGAACCCAAGAUCAUCGGAGCGUAUGUAGUUAUUGAGAGAAAGGAUGAUUUGAUUGCCAAAGACCCUAUCAUACUUUUGGAAGGUUAUUUUUAA